AGACAUAUAAAUAAAAUAAAUACGCGCUACGUAAACCCUAAAGUGUCACCUUCUUUCAAUCGGUUUCCGCUUUACGAAGCUCAUUGACAAAAUGGUGGGUCCUAGAGUCUUACAAGGAGAAUCAUUGGAAGCAUUCAAUGAAGGAAUUGGUUAUAUUUUGAAUCAAUGCUUGACUCUCCAAACCGCCAUUGAUUAUGAGAUAGGUGACAAUAACUCUCAUCCCAAACUUGAACAACUCAUUGCCGACGUGCGUUCUUGGUUUGCACAUUCCAAAGAGCCACAUCAUAUUGGUGAAUUAACAAUAUUAAUCAAGGAAGGCAUGAAUACUGCUUUCGAUCUAGUGAUCAGAGAUGGUAGCGCUGAAGAUAUGGCUGCAAAAAUAAUGGGUAUACGCGCACAAUGCAUUGUAGGAAAUUUUGAGAAUAUCAAGCUUCUUAGGGAGGCUUCAGUUAAGAAACACGAGGGUCUUGAUAUAGAUCAAUGA